CCAGUUGAGUGCUGUUAGGUCUAUAAACAAAGUAGUUUCCAUGACAAUCAAUGAACAAAAUGAAACGAUGAUAACUAACAUGAGAACCCUCACUUUUCUUCUUCUACUCUUCCUUCUGUAUGAUUUUUUGCAGGCGCAUUCUGCACAAGAUACUCUAAUCACCGGCCAAAGCAUACCUAGAACUAGAAAAGUUCUUGCUUCAGCCGGUGAAAAAUUCGUACUAGGCUUCUUCUCUCCUCUGGAAAACCCAGGUCAAAGUUACCUCGGAAUAUGGUACAACACCAACAGAACUUACCCAGGAAAAACAGUAAUGGUUUGGGUUGCAAAUAGAGACAAUCCUGUUCUGGGUUCCAAUGGUGGAGGAGUCUUCCAAAUUGCACAAGAUGGAAAUCUUCUAGUCACAAAUGAAUCAGGGUCAACGUUCUGGUCUUCUAAACUUGAUAAAUCCAGUUCCAAUAACAGAACAGUCAAGUUAACCGACUCUGGGAACUUAGUGUUGUUCCAGCAUCAUGAUGAUGAUGGCAAUGGAACAAGCUACAUAAUUUGGCAAAGCUUUCAAUACCCAACAGACACGUUUCUUCCCGGAAUGGAAAUAGACAGAGCCAUGGAACUUACUUCUUGGAGAUACGACGGCGGUGGCGGUGGAAGAGAGAGCUUCUUCACCUUCAAGAUGUCUCAAACAGGAAACAACCGUUUCAGAAUCAUGGAUAGCCAAAACCAACUUCACUGGGAGAAUGAUGGACUCAAUUCCAAUGAUUUGUCCCCUGAUGUGCUUAACUACUUGACAAACUUCACCGAUGCAGAAAAUCGUCCAUCCAAGUAUGUCAACACAAACACUUCGAAAUCGUUGUACUAUUCAUACCAAGACACAAGGAUCGUGAUGAACUCUACAGGAGAGUUACAAUUUUGGAAGUGGGAAGAAUCUGAAUGGAUCAUGCAAUGGAAACAUCCUUCAAGCAUGUGCAAGAUACACAAUUUCUGUGGUAACUUUAGCAGCUGCAACGUCGAUGAUUGGAUGCCAUGCAAGUGUUUGCCAGGGUUUAGGCUCGCUUCAGAGUAUGAAACUCAGAGCUAUGAAAUGGGGAUGAAAUUCCCAGGAUGUGUGAGAAAGUCAGAAUCCCAUGGCGACAACAGAGACAUGGUGUUCCUCAAUCUACCUAAGAUAAGACUCGAUGAGACAGAUCAAAAGGAAUAUAACACAGAGACUGAAGAAGAAUGCAAGUUUUUGUGCUUGAACAUGUCUCAUCCACAGUGCCAGGCUUAUGCAUACAACACUUCUAACGACUAUCGUGUCGUUACUUCUUCUUCGUGUAGGAUUUGGACAAAUGAUUUAGCUACUCUUCAAGUAGACCAAGAGGCUGGUGGUGAUCUUGCUGUUCUUGUCAAGAGUUCAGAUAUAGGGCGAACAGUGACAUGUAAUCCUUGCGGAAUAUAUACAAUUCCUUAUCCGCUAAGUACAGGGCCAAACUGUGGAGACCCGGAAUACUAUAAGUUCAAUUGCAGCUACUCAACAGGGCAGGUAAGUUUCAUGAUGCCCGGAGGACAAUUGAAAAGAAUUACUUGGAUCGACGAAAAUGCCAGAAAGUUUUACAUCAAAACGGAUGAUACAUAUCAUUGUGAUUACAUCUAUCAAAAUGACAAACCUGAUCCUCCAUUUUAUGUGACUAACUGGUGCUUUAAAGAGGAUCAAAUAGAGAUUAGUUGGCAACCGCCACUCCAACGGCCUUGUAAUGAGCAUAAUGACUGCAGGGGUUUCCCUCAUUCAACAUGCAUGCCAACAAUUGAAGGGAAAAACAGGUGCCUUUGUGAUCCAAAAUAUCAAUGGAAUUCCUCAAUUUCAAAUUGUAUGCAAGAUGAGAAAUCAAGAAAUCAUUUGAGGGACCGAGUACAUUUGAUUCUCAUAGUAACUCUUGCUGGUGUGAUUUUUCUAGCAAGCACAAUGGUAUUUGGUUAUGUGUGGAGAAAAAAAGUGAUAGACAGGGAAAACAUUCAAAUUCAGGAGAGCUUGUAUGACACUGAAAGGCAUGUUAAAGGUUUAAUUGGUUUGGGACGUUUAGAAGAAAAACACAGUAAAGGGAUUGAAGUGCCAUUUUACACUUUUGGAAGCAUUGUAGCAGCUACUGAUAAUUUCUCAGAUUCAAACAAGCUUGGAAAAGGAGGUUAUGGACCAGUUUACAAGGCAAGGUUUCCCGGAGGUCAAGACAUUGCAGUAAAAAGGCUUUCAAGUGUUUCUACUCAAGGGUUAGAGGAGUUCAAGAAUGAGACUGUUUUAAUUGCCAAACUCCAACAUCGGAACCUUGUUAGACUCAGAGGCUACUGUGUAAAAGGGGAUGAAAAAAUCUUACUCUAUGAAUAUAUGCCAAACAAAAGUUUGGACUCAUUUAUAUUUGAUCGGACACGAACUCUGCUCCUGAACUGGCAAAUGCGAUUUGACAUAAUUUUGGGCAUUGCACGAGGAUUGCUAUAUCUUCACCAAGACUCUAUACUAAGAGUAAUUCAUAGAGACCUAAAAACUAGCAACAUUCUUUUAGACAAGGAUAUGACACCAAAGAUUUCAGAUUUUGGACUUGCAAAAAUAUUUGGAGGAAAAGAAACUGAAGCAAGCACAGAGAGAGUCAUGGGAACAUAUGGAUAUAUGGCACCAGAGUAUGCUUUGGAUGGAUUUUUCUCAAUCAAAUCUGAUGUUUUCAGUUUUGGUGUAGUCAUAUUAGAGAUUCUAAGUGGAAAAAAGAACACAGGAUUCUAUCAAUUCAAACAAACUGCUACCCUUUUGGGAUAUGCAUGGGGAUUAUGGACAGAGAAUAGGCUUACGGAUUUAAUGGAUGCAUCUUUCAGUGGAAAUUGCGACGAGAAUCAAUUUAUCAAGUGUUCACAAAUUGCACUCUUGUGUGUGCAAGAUGAACCAGGUGAUCGACCAACCAUGUCAAAUGUUGUGACAAUGCUUGAUAGCGAGAUUGCAACCAUCCCUACUCCUACACAACCAACAUUUUAUGCAGUUAGAAGGACUAGGAGCACUACUCCUUUUUCUUCAAGCAAACCAGAGACAACUAUGCAAGUUGAGAGCAGUUAUCAAGAAGACAUGUUUGUGUGCAAAUUGCAGCUGAAGGAGGAUAACAAAUUAAUAAUACCCACAUGUUCUAUAGCAUACCCCAUUUUUUGUCAUGACAUGCAUAAAACUACCAAACCUCCAUUUUUGACCUUAACAGGUAACAUGAGAACAAUCACUUUCCUCUUCCUCUUCUAUCUGCAGUUGCCAUGCUCCUUUAAGUCCUGUUUGGCAAGGGAUUUCUUAAAUCCUGGCCAAAACAUAACUGGAAUUACAAGUGUUCUUGUUUCAGCUGGACAAAGAUUUGUAUUAGGCUUCUUUUCUCCAGCUGGAAACCCAACAGAGACUUACCUUGGAAUAUGGUACUACCAAUCACAGACCUUCUCAUCAGAACUGCCGACAGUGGUAUGGGUGGCCAAUAGAGACAAACCAAUCUUGAAUUCCCAUGUUGGAGUGUUCCAAAUUGCAGGUGAUGGAAACCUCGUGGUCAAAGACAAUUACUGGUCCUCUGAACUUGAAGGGUCUUCAUCAAGAAACAGGACAGUGAAGCUAAUGGAUUCAGGGAACCUAGUAUUGUUCCAAAACGAUGAGAAUAUAUGGCAGAGUUUCCAACACCCCACAGACACGUUUCUUCCGGGUAUGAAAAUGGAUACAACCAUGGAACUAACUUGUUGGAGUGGUGACAGUGAUCCACGACCUGGGAACUUCACCUUCAAGAUCAUGUCUCAAACAGCAGGGGACAACCCUCCUUACAUAAUCUUGAACAACAAUAAGCUCUAUUGGGAGAGUAGUGGACAAAACGGACACUUGAAUCCAGAUUCAGAGUUUGAUGCUGUAGCUUACUUUUUGAGCAACUUCAGCUCUUCAACGAAACUAGGUAAUCCCGUGAGUCCUACGAACUACGAGAACACAAGGCUAUUGAUGAAUUCAACUGGGUAUCUUCAGUUUCUAACAAGGGACAAUUUCCAAGGUGAUUGGUUGGUUUAUUGGAAAGCUCCAAAGAGCUUAUGCGACUCAUACAAUUUUUGCGGCAACUUCUUCACCUGCAACGACAACAACGUGGAGCGAUGCAAGUGUUUACCGGGAUUUAACCAAGUUAGCGAAGGUGAUACUAAUGGCUAUUGUGCUAGAAAAUCAUCGUCGUGCGGAGAAGGCAUAGGGUUCUUGAAUUUGGUGAUGGUGAAAGUGCGAAACCCUGAUGUAUAUUACACGGCAGCAAAUGAAACUGAUUGUAAGGACAAGUGCGUUAAAAUGUGCCCCAAGUGCCAGGCCUAUUCUUAUAGUGUUCCUAUGGACACUACAAGGCGUGACCUUAGUUUCUCUACUUGCUGGAUUUGGACACACGAUUUAAUUACACUCCAAGAAGGAUACUUCGGCCGUAAUCUCUCUGUCCGGGUAGAUAUAUCAGACAUAGAAGCAACUCCAAGAAGUUGUGAGCCUUGCGGAACAAACAUAGUCCCUUAUCCGUUGAGCACUGGACCCAAUUGUGGUGAUCCCUUGUACUUCACGUUCAGUUGCAACCGCUCAACAGGAGACCUUAGUUUCGUACCUACUACGACAAGUGACGGUUACACAGUUAUUAGCAUUGACGCAGAUUCUAGAAAGUUCGUCAUCAAAGUCAGUUCUGCGGAAACUUAUUGUAAUCUGCAAAGUCGUAACGAUAAAACUCUGCAAAUCCAUUUUCCGUUUAACGUGACUAACGAGUGCCGCACAGAAGAUGAAGUAGAGGUUACUUGGCUACCACCUUCUGAACCCAUCUGCAAUGAAUCACUGGAUUGUAAGGGUUGGAACCACUCAACUUGUGAAAAAACAGGAGAUUCUAAGAGGUGUCUUUGCAAUUCAAACUAUCGUUGGAAUAACGCUUCUCUUAAUUGUGAUAUUAAUGAAGCAAUAGCCAUUCCUGUUGGUACAGAACAAAAGGUAAACAAAAAAAGCCAAAAGUCUUUGAUUAUCGGAGUAACUCUUGGAAGUGUGCUUGUUCUGGCAUGUGCUAUAGUUUCUGCUUAUUUAUGUAGAAGGAAAAUAACUUACAACAAAGACAAGGAUAAAAUUCAGAGAAAUCGAGGGAGAUUUUAUGAUAGUGAGAGACAUGUGAAGGAUUUGAUGGAGGUUGAAGGAUUUGAAGAAAAAGACCAUGAAGACAUAGAAGUACCAUUCUUUGAUUUUGAGAGCAUACUAAUAGCAACAGAUAACUUCUCUGAUGCAAAUAAGCUUGGACGAGGUGGUUAUGGACCGGUCUACAAGGGUAAGCUUCAAGAUGAAGUUGUUGCAGUAAAACGGCUUUCAAGUAUUUCGUCACAAGGUUUACUUGAGUUUAAGAAUGAGGUUGUUUUGAUAGCCAAAUUACAGCAUCGAAAUCUUGUUAGGCUAAGAGGCUAUUGCAUCAAAGGAGAAGAAAAGAUUUUACUCUAUGAGUAUAUGCCUAACAAAAGCUUAGACUCAUUUAUUUUCGAUCCUAAACAAAGUGUACAUUUGGAUUGGCAAAUACGGUUUGACAUCAUUUUAGGAGUUGCUCGAGGAAUAUUAUACCUUCAUCAAGACUCCAGACUAAGAGUAAUUCAUCGAGAUUUAAAAACUAGCAACAUUCUUUUGGAUAAGAUGAUGCAACCUAAAAUUUCAGAUUUUGGCUUGGCAAGAAUAGUAGGAGGCAAAGAAACUGAGACGAACACAGAGAGAGUAGUGGGCACUUAUGGAUAUAUGUCUCCUGAAUAUGCAUUAGAUGGAUUCUUUUCGACCAAAUCUGAUGUUUUCAGCUUUGGUGUAGUCUUACUAGAGAUUAUAAGUGGAAAAAAGAACACUGGAUUUUAUCAAUCCAGCCAAGUUCCAAGCCUUUUAGGCUACGCAUGGAAACUGUGGACAGAGAAUAAGUUGAUAGAUUUAAUGGACAUGAGUUUAGUAGAAAGUUGCAAUGAGAAUCAGUUUAUUAGGUGUGCACAUGCUGCACUCUUGUGUGUCCAAGAUGAACCAAGUGACCGACCAAGCAUGUCAAGUGUAGUGACCAUGCUCGAUAGUGAGACUUCAACCCUUCCAACCCCAAAACAACCAACAUUUUUUGCCAGCAGAGGCCAACCCACAACUUCUUCCAGUAAAUCAACAGAAAUAAAUAUGCAAUUUGAGAGUACCACUCAUUAUCAGGAAGGUCGAUAGAGUGAGAAAGCUCAAGGCAUCAAAUGAUAUGUUUUUGCUUCUUCCUUGGAUCUGAAGCUGCUUUCUAAAGCGCUUGGUUCAUUUUUAUUGCAUUUCUUUGCAGCAAGUCCUAACCUCCAAAUUGAUCAAUGUUUGACGUAACUAUUGCCUUGCUAAGGGGUGCAUUUUUAUUCAAAUUGUAUUGAGACUUCACAGGUAAAACAAGAAGAAAACAAGGUUUAUGUGUUGAGUUA